UGGCUUCUCCACUAUUUAUUGGAGAAUAUACACGGAGGAGGGGGCAUUGCGAACCACUCCCAGGAUGGCCAGGCUAAUGGCUACACCAUUUUGAAGCACCUAGGGCGCUUGAAGCAUCUCGAGGCUCGAUUGCGGAAUCAAAACUGUUUAGCAUCAUGUCCCCGGCGUCUUGGGCUGUGGGUGUUCUCUCCUACUCCAACAUUCGAAAGCCUACGUGCUUUAUAUGUGAAAGAAGGCAACGAGGAAACGAAAAAAAGUCGUAAUCGAUUCGACAGUCUUGAAAGGUACUCAUCUUUUUCUACAGAGCCAAAUCCCAACUUUCACAUACUAACCAUCGUGAUAGUCUCUGCAUCAGGCAGCAUAAGUUCCCAAGAAUUGAUCAAAAGUCUGACACCUGACUCGCAAAACCCGAACGGGGCUCGACAACCCACCACUCCAAAGCCACAGGGACAGCCCCAAUCUAGACGUCCAGAAGGCUACGGCAGUUCGGCUGCCAUCUAUGCGGCUUUCAUCUCUGCUGUCACUGGUGCAAUAAGCCUUCAUCUCGUCCGCUCUCAUGGUGCCUUGCCACUUGGGUCACGCACUCUUUUCACUGCAGUGGACAAGCUUAGCUAUGAAAGCCCACGCGUUGACAAUGAAAGCCCGCUUUCCAUACCUUGUCUGACAACCUUGAAUGUCCAGCUCAACAUGCCUGGAACAUUAACUAUCACCAUACAAACCAUAGAUCAGCCAGGGAUAUUACCCCUAGCUAACCCUCGCGAAGAUAUGCAGGAUGUCUUGCAGGCCCAAUCCGGAAUGGACCUUUGGCUAUGUCCGAAUGGAAGCGUGGCACGUCUAGUUACUGCGAAUAUUGAAUCUCCAAGUGUGCCCUCCCCUGGAGCCUCGACUACCGGGAACAUCACAAUGAAAAGAAGGCAGUGGAGGCUAGAUGUCGCCGAGUGGCUGGGGUCCUUUGGGCUGAAGAUUGACUCAGUUGACGACGAACUUUGGGUCGAGGUUGAAGUCUGGGAACCCAUUUUUGCAAAAUUGGCUGGAGAUGCUUGGCGGCAACACGAGGACUCACAGUCGCCGCUCCCUUUGAAGCGUAUGCUAUGGCCUGCACGUUUCUGCUUCAAGAGGCCUGGGUCAUCCAGGCAAGUCUCUUGGCUUCAAAACCCUGCGGAUGACCCACUAGAAUUUGCAGAGAGGUGGUCGUCAGAAACUGGAGCACUUCAACUUAGUAACCCACUCCAAGCACCUUCAGCCUUGCAAGAGCCACAAGUCAAAGAUCAUGUAGCUUCACCUAGACCUGACAGUUUCGACGGCUUGGAAAGUUUAUCGCGCAUGACACAAUAUCCCGACUUGCCCCCUACAAAUCUCGUCUAUCCAACACCCCCCGAAGGCACCGCUACAACUGGCCUCAGCAACCCAAAUCCUGACGACACUGAACUUAUCCUUUCACCUGCAGUCCCACCAGACUCGAGAAAUAUCAACUCCGAGGUGGAUCCAAAUACCGUCGGUACUGGUAAUUAUGAUGCCAGUGACGACGAAGACCUUUUUGGAGAGAUGAACGGGAGAGAUUUUGGAUCUAAGGGAAUCACCGAUGCAGACUUCAGCUUCUUCGACGAUCCAGACCUUGAAGAUAUGGAGUUGGGAACUGCUGAUCAACCUCAGGAAUCCGAAGACCGGAUAGAUCAUGAACCUGAUCUCAAUGAGUUUCCUAACCCUUCCCCGGAUGUCAUCGCUCCGCUUGAUGUCCCCGAUAUCAAUCAACACCAAGAAAAAGAGGAGCUGCGCCCACCUCCAUCUGAAGAUGCUAAGCCGCAAGAACCAGUAGAUGAGCCGAAGGACGAGAGCCAUUCACCCGUCUCUUCGCUUGACCGAGAGGGCCAAACCAUUAGCCCACCUUUGAGCCCGGUAGAAAUCAAGAAAAUCCUGUUCCCAGGCGCAGAGGAAACCAAACAUCAGACUCCCUCCGCAGAUGGUCGUCCUCAACAGGGAGGGUAUCUUCCUGUGGCCUUUGAAAGAAAGAUCAGUGACUGGGACCAAAAGUAUGGCUCCACGGGGAAGUUUUGGUUUUCCUCCAAGAAUGCACAUGAAAAGACGGACCUAACUUCGAACACGAUACCAACAAUUGGGCUGCCUAGCAGAGCUCGCGGGGCUACAGUCACCCAACGCAAAGUUGCAGACAAAGCCGGACAUGCAGAGAUCAAGAAAUUCGACGAGAAGUCGCCUUCGGACUCUGAAAGUGAAAGUAGCGAGAGUGAGGACUACAUCGUUCCGGAUAGUAUGAGUGUGCCGUCGGUUUUGCCAUCAUUGAAGAGGAAGCGAGUUCCGUCCGAAUCAGACGUCCUGUCCGUUGCCUCUCCGGCGAAAUCAGCUGGUCCGGUCGAUUCGACCAGUCUAAUGAAGGUGGAAAACGAAACAUUUUUGGGCAACUUUCUCGCGAAUUUCUCUGACUGGUCCUUUAUUGGGUAUUUUUCCGCUUUCCAGGCUCAGCAGCUACCAGUGCUUCUUCGUCGCGAGGACCAGAUACAAGUCGCUCAAUUACUUGCCGACCAAGUCGCGCAAUCCUCCUUGAACCAUCCACUGGGAGGUCAUAUUGCGCUCUUUGACCUUGAACGGGAUAGCUUCUUAUGGAGGACAAACUUAGAAGACUCGUCAUUCCUGGGUGAUAUCUCGAAGCUGGAAUUGAGAACCUAUGUCUCCCUUCAAGAAGAGAUGAACGCUCUUUCAGGCCAGCAGCCAACGAAGGAGUUGAUCAAGGGUACAAUUACGAGGAUGCCUGCUCCGCAUUUGCGCGUGCGGCGCGGCGCGGAGUAUUUGGAGACUCUUCCGGCUGCAGUGUCUUUCUGGGAAACAUUUGGCCUGGAGCCUGCGCAUGGCACUAAAGAUAUUUCGGCAUAUUGCAUCUAUCCGAGUGCCGUUGCAAAGGCAGCCGAUGGAUUCUUGAAUCGCUUUGGACUUCAUUACCAGAGUUGCAAUUUGGGGAGUCAUGUGCGAGGUGACCAGUCGGCUGGUUUCGAAAAUGGCAUGAGAGCAUGGGAGUCGGACACCUGCAGCUACGCCUCCAUGAUGCGGACGUUGAAAACCAUUUGCCGGGAACUAGCAAACGAUUUGUCUCAAUCUCAAACUUCGUCGAAUUGCGUGGUCUACAUUGUCAACCCGUUCUCUCAAGCCUCAGGACUUGCCGAUAUAUGCGCGGCUUUCUGGCAUCUAUUUCAAGAGCUCAAGGCCGAUGAUGACCAGAUUUCCACGCCAGUCCACGAUAUCGCUUUGCAGAUCAUCCCAAUGGACUUCAUCGCCUCGGAGGAUUCAAUGGUUGUGCCAACCCAGGCCGAUUAUAUGAACCUCGCUUUAGAAGUAUAUGGUCGUUGUCGUCCUAAGGAUCCCGAUGCUGAUCCUCUUCUUGGCGCCCCGGCAGUUCUUUUGGCGGAUUCCUUGCCCAAGGCUAUCAAUUUCCGCCUUGCUCCUGAAAGGGCAUCCCCAUUACAGGAUGGACGAUGCCUUCACGUCGCUUGCUCCAAGAGUUCCGAUCAGCGAUGGUUAUCAGUAGCCUGGUCGGACGGAACGGGGGGUCUACAGACGAGUGUAUCCUACUGCCUACGUCAUCGCAACCGAGGUGUCGCCCGAUCGAUGUCGGAAGUGCGCAGCGAAAUAUGGGGCGUGACCAAGCAUAUCAUGGACAAGUUCCCGGCUAGAUGGAAGGUUAUUCUGGCCAACUCUGAGCCCAUCGAUUCAGAUGAGGUAGACGCAUGGUCCGCUCUCUCCGAGCAGCAGAAUAAGGCCCGUCCAGGAUCAAUGGACCUCACUAUCGUCACAGCCAGCACCAUCCCAGACUUAGCCCUUGAGGCCCCCGCCCCUUCGAUGACUCCCAAUGUCCUCCAUCCAACCCUUUCUUCGACACCCGUCUCAACUCCCAACCCAAACGUUAGCAUUGCCUCUCCCGAGCAAUCCGCCACUGUCACCACCCCCAGCGCAAUGUACAAUGCUCCGACACCCACAGAACCAUCCGUCGAGCCUGAUGCAGACGUCAUUCUGACGGACAUCUGCGACGAGUCGUGGGCGGUGAUCUUGUCACACCGACUCAAUAGCUCCCCCCAUAUCACCGAGCUCCGUCCCGCUCUGGCUAGCGGUUAUCUCCUUCGGCGCAAGGGCGCCACCGAUGGCGACGGUGUGUACGCUAUGACAGUCAACCUAGUUCACACCCAGCGGCCCGCUUCCUCUCACGAUGCUAUUCUGAGGGAUGUUUUGAGCAUGUACCGUGAUCUCGCCUCUCUCGCCCGGACACGGGGCAUACGCAGUGUGCAGGCGAAUACAAUGCCUUGGCAUAUCGCAACCGCCCUGAGAGCACAGGAGCUCCUCAGUUAUGUUUUUUAA